GUGAAACUCAGACAGUCAUUGUCACUGAGAGGUGAAAUGGCGCAGAAAGGAGUUCAGCUGGACCGAGAAACCUUCUCUUGUUCCAUCUGUCUGGAUCUACUGAAGGAUCCGGUGACUACUCCCUGUGGACACAGCUACUGCAUGAACUGUAUUAAAAGCUACUGGGAUGGAGAGGAUGAGAAGAAAAUCCACAGCUGCCCUCAGUGUAGGCAGACCUUCACACCGAGGCCUGUCCUGGUAAAAAACACCAUGUUUGCAGCUUUACUGGAGGAACUGAAGAAGACUGGACUCCAAGCUGCUCCUGCUGAUCUCUGCUAUGCUGGAUCUGAAGAUGUGGCCUGUGAUGUCUGCACUGGGAGAAAACUGAAAGCCCUCAAGUCCUGUCUGGUCUGUCUGGCAUCUUACUGUGAGACACACCUCCAGCCUCACUUUGACUCACUUACCUUUAAGAAACACAAGCUGGUGGACCCCUCCAAGAAGCUCCAGGAGAACAUCUGCUCUCGUCAUGAUGAGGUGAUGAAGAUGUUCUGCCGUACUGAUCAGCAGUGUAUCUGUUAUCUCUGCUCUGUGGAUGAACAUAAAGGCCACGACACAGUCUCAGCUGCAGCAGAAAGGACUGAGAGGCAGAGAGAGCUCGAGGUGAGUCGACAAAACAUCCAGCAGAGAAUCCAGGACAGAGAGAAAGAUGUGAAGGAGCUUCAACGGGAGGUGGAGGCUAUCAAUCGCUCUGCUGAUAAAGCAGUGGAGGACAGUGAGAAGAUCUUCACUCAGCUGAUCCGUCUCAUGGAGAAAAGAAGCUCUGAUGUGAAGCAGCAGGUCAGAUCCCAGCAGGAAACUGAAGUGAGUCGAGUCAAAGAGCUUCAGGAGAAGCUGGAGCAGGAGAUCACUGAGCUGAAGAGGAAAGACGCUGAGAUGAAGAAGCUGUCACACACAGAGGACCACACCCAGUUUCUACACAACUACCCCUCACUGUCAGCACUCAGUGAAUCUACAUCCAGCAUCAAUAUCCGUCCUCUGAGGUACUUUGAGGAUGUGACAGCGGCUGUGUCAGAGCUCAGAGAUAAACUACAGGACGUUCUGAGGGACAAAUGGACAAACGUCUCACUGACAGUGACUGAAGUGGAUGUUUUACUGUCACAACCAGAGCCCAAGACCAGAGAUGGAUUCUUACAAUAUUCACGUGAACUCACACUGGAUCCAAACACAGCACACACACUGCUGUUAUUAUCUGAGGGGAACAGAAAAGUAACAAAAAUGAGUCAACAACAGUCUUAUUCUAGUCACCCAGACAGAUUCACUGGAUGUGUUCAGGUCCUGAGUAGAGAGAGUCUGACUGGACGUUGUUACUGGGAGGUGGAGUGGAGAGGGGAAGAAGUUUAUAUAGCAGUCACAUACAAGAAUAUCAGCAGAGCAGGGAGCUCAUAUGAAUGUGGAUUUGGAUUCAAUAACAAAUCUUGGUCAUUAUAUUGUGGCAAUAACAGUUAUAACUUUUGGUACAACAAUGUCCAAACUCCUGUCUCAGGUCCUCAGUCCUCCAGAGUUGGAGUGUAUCUGGAUCACAGUGCAGCCCAAAGCAACAACUUUGUACAGUUGACACAGUGCCAUCUCAAACAGCAACUACAGCAAGCUGUGUCACAAGAAAAGCCAUCUGGCUAUUCAGGAUAUCAGCAGAGAGGAAGUUCAAGAGGACCAGGCUGAGCAAGUCCUGAGGAUCUGUGUCUUCCACACAAGUGAAGAAGAUGAAGGUGCAUCCGACACUGAUGUGUCCAUUGUUAUUGAAGGGACUGAGGUACUUGACAACUAUGGAAGUGUUACAAAGGCCUGUCUCCUGCUCAUGAGCAUCAUUUAUGCCAUGAAUUUGAGUUACCCCCAAAAAACAAAGUACACUUUGGAAGUUUUUCAAAAGCUUCUUCUAGAGCUUGAUGUCCUUAAGCUGUCCCCGAAAAUCCUGUCUCUGCGAAACAAACUUGAGUCUGAGUGCACAUGUAUACGGCACAGUUGUCAAUGUGGCUAUUUGUCUAUUUUCUUAUUUUUCUCUCGUUUUAAUGAUGUCAUUUUUAUUUGAACUUGUUGCACUGUAUUAAAUACUGUAUGUGGCCAUGUGGAGUGGCUACGUUUUGGGGACAAAAGAAAAGAAGUUAGAUCAGCAUUUUCAAGUUAAACCCGAGGUUCUCAACUGGUGGCUCGUGGGGCCAUUUUUAAUGGGUCACGGAUGUGAGUGUGGGCAUGAAAAGAGCGAGGGGCCAAAUAUCGCACUUUUUAGUGUCAAGAUGCUCUGCUUUUUGUAGGAUAUUACUCAUGAUACAGAAACAGACGUUUAGAACCUCAGAGCAAAACACUGUUCUUUAAGAUAGAAAGGAAUAGUAAGCAUGUCUUUUAAGAUGCACCAGCAUGUCAAAUGUUUUCCAGAGUUUAAGGUUAAAAAGCCUCUCCAAACGAUAGGCUACGUAUGCUCUAUGCAAACAGUUCCUGAACUUGUCCUUGUGCCUUUAACAAGCUACCUCAAACCCAUUUUAGCCACCCUAAGAUGAAAUUUCUGUCAUCGUCUACUCACCCCGAUGCCGAUAGAAGGACUCAUCAUGCUCUUCUGGGAGUUUGCCGAGAUGUUUGUUUCUCACAAAACUGCAUUGAACGGCAACUUGGCUUCAAACAUCCAAAAAAUGUCUCCAUAUUGCUCAUCUGAAGUAAUCCAAGUGUCCUGCAGCUUACACAUUCCUAGAUGUUUUGAAAAACAGAACAAAAUUGUGUUUUGGCUUUGUUUGCUCUGCUUUGCUUCCACUGUGGUGCUGCGUGAACACGGAUGGGCUAGCUGGAAGUUAGUAGUGUGUAAGUUUGUGUGCGGCGUUGGAAGGAGCACGCAUUGGAAGAGCAGCAGAGCAAACACAGCUGAAAACACAAGUUUGUUAUGUUUUGUACAAACGUCUUGGCAUGUGUGAGCUACAGGACACUUGGAUUACCUCAGACAAGCAGUAUGGAGACAUUUUAUUGAUUAUUGAUGUAUUUUUGGACUUUUGAUGCUAAGAUACCGCUCACUGCAGUUGAGUGGAAAAAAGGUCUCUCAAACUCGCAGAAGAACACGGAUGUUAACAAAACUUCACCAAUCCUUCUAUUGACAAAGGGGUGAGUAAAUAAUAACAAAAAAAUCAUCUUAGGGUGAACUAUACCUUGUUGUUGUUUUUGCCAUGCAAACUUGCUGGAAAAUGUUUUAUUAAAAAAAAUAUUUUUUCACUUAAGAAAAAUAAAUGGGUUGUUAAAUUAAACAUUUUUUUUUUAAAGUCAUUGUUUCAAUAAACAAAAACAUUAAGAACAAAUUUAGGCAAUUUAAACUGCAGAAAAAUGAUGUAAAAUGUUGUGUAAAUGUUACUUAAAUAUAGUCCAUAAAUAAAAGUUAGACAAAGUAUUUAAAAAUGACCUUGAAAAGCCAUUGGUUUUAGGUGAGAUUGUUCAGUUUGAAGCAGUCAGAGUUGAAGUAAAACGUACAAAGAAUGAGAGAGUAAAAUUCAAUAACCAUAUUAAUAACCAUCAGUAAAUUACCUGAGGUUUGCUAGUAAAAGAGACUUAUAUCUGCGAGUAAAGUUUACUUGAAGAUUGCCCUUGUAGAAUUUACUUACAAUUUCUAAGUGCAAAAACUUUCCUAGGUUUUUCCAAGAAAAUAUCACUCCACAUUUUUUUCAGUGUAGAGGUUAUCACUGCUCAUGAUGGCUUUUGUUUAGCUGAUCUGACAUUUCUCUGCUCUCUAAAUAUAUAUAUAUAUAUAUAUAUAUUAUAUUUGUGUUGAUGUAUUUGUAUGUUGUUGUUUCUCUUUCACUGCAUAGAUCCUUAAAUUUAAAGCAGCAGACCUUCCUUUAUUGUAGAUAGUUUGUUCUUAUCACUUUGUACAUUUCUAAAGAAAUCUGUAAUUACAUUUAUUACAUUAUUUUAACAUUACAAUUUGCUAGAGGACAUUUGUAGUUGUUGUCUAUGUACAAAUGAGGAAAUGUGAGGUGUUACACAAAUGGAAUCAACAUGAUCAUAAUCAAUAAAGAGAUAAACAGCU